AUGUCGAGUCCCUCGCAGCGAACCGAGUUCUACCUCUUCGGGCACCAGAUCUCGCACAGCGCGUCGCCCGCGUUCCACAACGAGAUCUUCUCGGCAUUAGGACUGUCGCAGCACCGCUACCAAUUGCACGACACCAAGCACCCUCAGAACGACCCCAACUCGCGGAUGAUCGAGUUGAUUCGAAGGGAUGAUUUCGGAGGGGCUUCGGUCACUAUGUACGUGCAAUACGGGGAGGUCCUCUCCCUCAAUGCCACUUCGCCCAAGUGGGGGUGCCGCCGCUUCGAUCGUGGACCGCGGAAGCUAAUUCACUUUCUCUCGGUCCUCGGUUCCAAACAGGCCUAUCAAGGUCGAAGCAAUGAAACACGUCGAUAAGAUUGCAGGCGAGGCCAAGGAGAUCGGUUCCAUCAACACGAUCGUGGUCGAGUCGAUCGACAAGGAUGGCCGACCUGUUCUGCUCGGUGAGUGAGCCGUGCACAAAGUUCAGGAUUGAAUGUCGAGCUUAAAUUAUUCAUUUUCAUGCUCACCUCAUCAGGUUGCAACACAGAGUGAGCGAGGAUCCUUCUCGAUAACGCGCCACAGGCUCUGACACUGCCGAGUUCCGCGCUUCUCACUCACAGCUGGAUCGGGAUGUGCAAGAGUCUCCUCCUGGCCCUACCCACCUCUCAACAGGCCCUCAAGGCCCCCUUCUCCCCUUCCUCUUCCCCCUCACCCAAAUCGGGUUUCAUCAUCGGAGGCGGAGGAACGACCCGAGCCGCCGUCAUCGCCUUGUCCCGCUUGCAGAUUUCUCCCAUCUUCCUCAUUAACCGAGAUCCCACCGAGACGGCGGUGAUGAUUAAAUCAUUCCCUCAGUACGACUUGCGAGCGUUGGACCAUGUCGAUCAAUGGUCAGAGGAAUGGGUCGAGAGGGGAGUGGUUGGUGUAGGUGCGAUCCCGAGUUUGGAGCCGGUGACGGAAGGGGAGAAGAACGUGUACACCGUCGCCAGGAAAGUUUUUGGUUCCAAGCCCACGGGCCAAGUCGGCCAGAGGACGUUCUUGGAGAUGUGCUACAAAGUAAAGACUGCUCUUUGGAUGUACCAGCGUUGGAUCGUAGCUCUGCACCUGAGGCUGACCCGACGUCUUUCUCAAUAUUAGCCCCGGAAGACGAUCAUGUACAAUAUCGCGGUCGAUGCCGGGUGGCACGGCGUGCAAGGUGUUGAGUCGAUGAUUCAGCAAGGGUGAGCACCUAGAAUUCAGAGCGAGAUUUCACUCGAUCGGCCUUCCAGCUCACGCGGUGCGACAUUUCAUUCUCUUUCAGCUACGAGCAAAGUCGAGCCUGGCUACUCUCGAGCGCGGCUUCUCCUUUCCAAGGCCAGCGCAAAGAACUUGGCGAAGUGAUAGAACAUCGAGCUGCCGCUUUUGUUCGAGGGAUGGAGGAUAUCGAGCCCGUCGGACAGGACUCGAAGGCCACCUCGCCGAGCUCGGUCAAGCUCGCGCCACAGACAGGGGCCCGGUUCGGUCAGGCUCGGUUGUAA